AAAGAAAGAAUAAAUGAGGGAUGACGAAGAAGCGCAACUGCGAAAAAAAGGCAGGAGAGAAGAGGGACCUAAUUGCGCAACCUGGUGGCUGCUGCCUCUCGCCGUUCACUUUUCACGAGAUUCCAUUUGCACGAAUCUCAUUUCCUUUCCUCUCCUUUCUUCUUUCUGUCUUUUCUCUAACUGCCCCCUCCGUUUUUCUCGUUUCACUCACUCUUAAACCUUGCUUCUCUGCGGCUAAGGAUGGUGGCCGAUGCCAAAGCUAAAUCUGACAUCUCAUUCGCCGGAACUUUUGCUAGUAGCGCUUUCGCUGCAUGUUUUGCGGAGAUAUGCACAAUUCCCCUUGACACUGCAAAAGUUAGGCUCCAGCUCCAAAAGAAAGCCGUUGCUGGUGAGGGACUGGCCUUACCAAAAUACAGGGGUAUGUUGGGCACAGUUGCCACCAUUGCUAGGGAAGAAGGUCUAUCAGCACUCUGGAAAGGCAUUGUACCUGGGCUUCACCGACAAUGCCUGUUUGGAGGCUUAAGAAUUGGGUUAUAUGAGCCUGUUAAGACCUAUUAUGUAGGCAGUGACUUUGUUGGAGAUGUUCCUUUGACCAAGAAAAUUCUUGCUGCACUUACUACUGGUGCUCUGGCAAUUACUGUGGCAAAUCCAACUGAUCUUGUGAAAGUUAGACUUCAAGCUGAGGGAAAAUUACCACCGGGUGUGCCAAGGCGCUAUACUGGAGCAUUGAAUGCUUAUUCUACAAUUGUCAGACAGGAAGGAGUUGGUGCACUUUGGACUGGUCUUGGACCCAACAUAGCACGAAAUGCUAUUAUAAAUGCUGCUGAACUCGCCAGCUAUGAUCAAGUGAAGCAGACAAUUUUGAAAAUUCCUGGGUUCAUGGACAAUGUUGUCACUCAUCUUCUUUCUGGGCUUGGGGCAGGAUUCUUCGCUGUUUGUAUUGGCUCCCCAGUUGAUGUGGUUAAGUCAAGAAUGAUGGGGGAUUCUGCUUACAAGAGCACACUAGAUUGCUUCAUUAAAACGCUGAAGAAUGAUGGACCUUUGGCUUUCUAUAAGGGAUUCAUUCCAAACUUUGGGCGGCUAGGAUCCUGGAAUGUGAUCAUGUUUCUAACCUUAGAGCAGGCUAAGAAAUUUGUAAGAAGUUUAGAAUCAUCUUGAGCUAUAGACAAAAGUAAAACCUGCAGUGCAUGGAUUUUGCAUGGAAAUGAUGGAGAUAGUCCUCAGAAUAAUAAGUUUCAUUACUUGUCAUUGUUCUUCCUAAUUUAGAUAGGUGUCCUGCAGAGGAAAUUUUAGGUACUUGAAAAGCUUUAAAAUAAUCACAAUUUGGAAUUUUUAAUAAUUUUUCCCCAUCAAUUUCAUUUCUGUACUUGUUAA